CACACGCACCAACACGGACCUGCUCUCCUGCUAUUGCCCGAGGCGCCUGGGCGCAGAGACCAGCUCCAGAGAGCGCACACGGAAACACACACACACACACACACACACACACACACACACACACACGCACACUCCGGGCCUGCUGGUGGCCUGAGCUUGGAAGUCACAGAUUCCCUAGGAAAUCGCCAUCGGCACUGGAAUUAGUGUUCCUCGCCCUACACUAAUUACAACUUCUCGGCACUUUGGUGAAAGCGAUGAAUCCCGCCCAGCUCAGCGCUGCCUCCAGGUCUCCGUUCUAUUUUGGUCUCCAAGCUCCUCUGCGGGAAAGCCAGAUCAAGAGAGAAAGCAAGCCAGCGCCUGGCUUCGGACUCUAAGCUGUGCGCAGCUCGAGCGCGGGUGGGUCGACCCCGAACCCGCGUAGGGCUCCUCGCUCGGCCAGUAUCCACCGAACCGCAGCCAGGGGCGGAACCCGAGUUAACACAGAGGCAGGUUUAAAUGCUUAUUUGGCUACUUGUCUACUGAAUACAAAAUGAAUAACUCGACAAACUCCUCCAAUAAUAGCCUGGCUAUUACCAGUCCUUAUAAGACAUUUGAAGUUGUAUUUAUUGUCCUUGUGGCUGGAUCUCUCAGCCUGGUGACUAUUAUUGGGAACAUCCUGGUCAUGGUUUCCAUUAAAGUCAACCGCCACCUGCAGACCGUCAACAAUUACUUUUUGUUCAGCUUGGCCUGUGCUGACCUCAUCAUAGGUGUUUUCUCCAUGAACUUGUAUACCCUCUACACUGUGAUUGGCUACUGGCCUCUGGGACCUGUGGUGUGUGACCUCUGGUUAGCUCUGGACUACGUGGUCAGCAAUGCCUCAGUCAUGAACCUGCUCAUCAUCAGCUUUGACAGGUACUUCUGUGUCACGAAACCUUUAACCUAUCCAGUUAAGCGGACCACAAAAAUGGCAGGAAUGAUGAUUGCAGCAGCCUGGGUCCUCUCCUUCAUCCUCUGGGCUCCAGCCAUCCUCUUCUGGCAGUUCAUCGUAGGGGUGAGAACUGUGGAGGAUGGGGAAUGCUACAUUCAGUUUUUUUCCAAUGCUGCUGUCACCUUUGGCACUGCCAUUGCGGCCUUCUACUUGCCAGUAAUUAUCAUGACUGUGUUGUAUUGGCAUAUAUCCCGAGCCAGCAAGAGCAGGAUAAAGAAAGAGAAGAAGGAGCCUGUGGCCAAUCAAGAUCCAGUGUCGCCAAGUCUGGUGCAAGGAAGAAUAGUGAAGCCAAAUAACAACGAAAUGCCUGGCAGUGAUGGUGCCCUGGAACACAACAAAAUUCAGAAUGGCAAGGCCCCCAGAGGUGCUGUGACAGAAAACUGCAUCCAGGGGGAGGAGAAGGAGAGCUCCAAUGACUCCACCUCAGUCAGUGCUGUUGCCUCUAAUAUGAGAGAUGACGAAAUAACCCAGGACGAGAACACAAUAUCCACUUCCCUGGGCCAUUCUAAAGAUGAGAACUCUAAGCAGACAUGCAUUAAAAUCGUCACCAAGAUGCAAAAAGGUGACUCAUGCACACCGAGUCAUACUACCGUGGAGGUAGUUGGGUCUUCAGGCCAGAAUGGAGAUGAAAAGCAGAACAUUGUGGCCCGCAAGAUUGUGAAGAUGACUAAACAACCCGCGAAGAAGAAGCCUCCUCCUUCCCGGGAAAAGAAAGUGACCAGGACAAUCUUGGCUAUUCUUCUGGCUUUCAUCAUCACCUGGGCCCCCUACAAUGUCAUGGUGCUCAUUAACACCUUCUGUGCACCCUGCAUUCCCAACACAGUGUGGACAAUUGGCUACUGGCUCUGUUACAUCAAUAGCACCAUCAACCCUGCCUGCUACGCACUUUGCAAUGCCACCUUCAAGAAGACCUUUAAACAUCUCCUCAUGUGUCAUUAUAAAAACAUAGGCGCUACAAGGUAAAAACGGUCUUGCACAGAAGGAAGGUGACCAAAGGGAACUUGAGAAGGAUAACAAAGAUGAAAGAGCUCCCAGGUUUAAAAUCUCUGCCAUUUUACUUUAUGGUCUCAUUAUGGAAUGUGUGAUUAACGAGCUCAACUGUGACACUCCACUUGUGCCCAUGAGUUAGUCUGAAAAAUCUUGUACCUUAUAAACCCAGUCAGUUUGGAGCAACAGGACAAUGAGAUACGUUGGCAUUGCUGAUAUAAGGAGCAUGCUCCACUGUCUCCUACUUUCUUGAGAAGGGCUUCUGAAUCUACAGUUUUACCAGUCUCUGCACAAGAAUAAUGUCAGUCCCUUUUUGUUUCUCUCUGUUGUUGUUCUCAUGGGUGUGCAUGAGGAUGAAAUGCCACAGCUGCAGGCUGACAUGGAGAAAUGGACACAAAGAAGUGGAAGCUACACAAGGGAGAUGUGAGACAAUCAGCCAAAAGGCUGCAGACAUGGGCUCCAGGGUAUUCAGCAUCCUCUGUUCUGUUUGUGUGAUAUGAUUUGCAGGAUUGUAAUGUAAUUGACACUUGUUUCUUCACCUUUUCUUUUUCCCUCCAUCAACAGCAAAGCAAAAUAAAUGCAGAUUCCAAGUAGGACACAUUUUUCCCCCCUUGGUACAACAUUAGCUUUUGUAUCUCCCUGUUCUACAUUGUGUGUCAGCCAAAUCUGCAGAAUUUUCAGUAAAUCCAGCUAGUGCCAGCUAUGGAAAUGGGCAUUUCAGCCAUUCCCACUGUGUCCUUCUUAUUCUUGGGAAUUUUAAAUGCCUAUAACCAUUUAGUUCCCCUAUGGUCUUUUGUAUAAAAAGUUCACAGUGAUACAUUCCUUUUCCUCAGCUAGACUUUGUUUUAACAGAACUGUCUACUUAAAAUGUAAAUGCUUCAGAAACAAAGACAUUCUAAAUUAAUUUCAACAAUUAAA